ACUUCCGUGUGGGCGGGCGCAUGGCGGGGCCCGGCGGCGCGGCGGGGCCGGCAGCGGCCCGGGAGCUGCUGGACCUGAGGCCCCGGCCAGGGCUGGAAGACAUUUUGCUGAUUAAUUCAAAAUGUAGCAGCAAAAAGGCCACAACUUUACAGACGGUUAAGGUGCCAAGGAGCAAUGUUUUGGACCAAGUACAGAGCUUUUUACCACAGAUGGCCCAGGCAAAUGAUGAGCUCAAAAGAAAAAUGGUAACAGCACCCGCUCAUCAGUUUGAUAUUGAACAUCUAGACAGUGAAACAGAAGAAGUUAUAGAAAUGAAUGUGGCUGUAGUUGAACUGAGUGAUUCUGAUACAGAUGAAGAGUUGCUGACUUCAGAAGAUGACUCAGAAUCUGAUGAAGAUGACUCUGUAAUUGAUGAAGUGACAGCAGACAACAUUAAGUUUCCUAAACAAAAGGGAGAAAAGGGCAAAAUAGAAAUUUUGGACAGCAAAGCAAAUGAGUAAAUCCAUUUUAUUUUACUUUUAAAAACCCCAAACCAACCAAAUAAUGUUUUUUCACUUCGAAGAGUUGUCCUUUAAAACCACUUUGUUUCCCAGUGUAGGAUCUCUCAGGAUCCUGUGCAAUGCUAUAGUUUACAUGGUGGAGAAUUCAGGAUCUGCUCAUGGCUGGGGAAGGCUGGGUUUCUGAAGAAUGAAGUGCAAUUUUAUUCAUCAAAUAACAGGAAAAUGCACUUCAUAGUAGAUUACACCCAGAAAACAGCUAGAGUAAAGGGGCACUUGAAAAUUGAAAAUUCCUGUUCUGUUGCUUUGUUCUUUGUUGAAUAAAGAUUUUUUUUUAUAGGAAGAUAGAAGUUUUUGCUUCGGGGCAGGAAAGAGUUAACUAGGAAAAAAGCUUUGUUUUCAUAUUCCAUGUACUGUGAAGUGUUAUGUACACUCUCUUCACUCUUAAACAUGAUCUUUAAGUACCCUAGAGGUAUGUCUACAUUGCAUUAAUGGCAGUGACUGCUCAACACUGGAGCCAUGGCUGAGCUCAUUUCCAGAUGAGCCAGCCUGGGUAAGGACUGAGCAGAGAGUUCAGCAAAGGGUUACUUAGUACUUACCCUGUGUGCCUGCGCUAGGCUCCACACCAGCACAGGGAGCUUAGAGGCUCCUCUGGGAAACCUUUGUAGCUGUGGUGCAAACACCCUCCAUACUCAAAGGAUCAAGGCUGCCUCUGGGGUGUUAAGAUGGCUUUAAGCUACACAUCUCAUCCCCUGAUUUCCCUGCCAUGUUUCCAGUCUCCAUUUUGUUACUGACAGAAGGACAAAAGGGUGAAUUUUCUUAAAGUACAAUGGUUUGGGCUAUUACAUUUACUUCAUAGAUCAGUCUGCAUUUCAGAAGAAUCUGUCAUGCUCCUGGAUGUCAUUGUUUCUUAAAGGAACACUGUAUUUUCUACACCAUUAAAGUAAAAUUUUCUAUACUGUAUUUGCUCAAAUAUUAAACUUAAUGUCAUGACUUGAAA